AUGGCUUUCUUUAUAUGUAAAGCAGCUCUCAUAUUUUCAGUUCUAGCGGCAAUUUCUUUGGCUUCCCAUGAAGAGAAAUAUCGAUUUGGAAGAUCAUAUACCAUAAACCCCGGAAAGGUACGUAUGAAAAGUCUUCAAAGUGUUCAUUACCAGAACAUGAGGUCUAAAAUGUAGUCUCUACCAAACUGCUUCUCAGAAAGCUCAAUUGAAGGGCAUUUGACUGAACAAUAAAGAAUGAUCGGCUAACACUUAAUCAUUUACGUAAGUUUAUUCGUAAUUUAGAUUGAUUGCAACAUUAUUUUCUUUCAAAUGUUUAUUUUUUCGUCACGUGAGCAGACGCUGUUGUUCACUGAACCAACGGCCUCUCUACAUGUAUACAAUUGAACCUCAAUGUGACGUCACCUCUCGUGAAUGCUCCCUCCCAAGCGAACACUAAUCCAAAACACCGACAAUUUUUCUAGUUAAAACAUUAUCAUAAACGGCCACCGGUCGUAAGCGACUGCGGUUGAGAGUCCUUUACUAGCUAAAGUAAGUUAAAAAUAAAGUAUGUUUUGUUACGCAAAAAGUUUCGAAAUAAAAUGAAUCUUGAUUCUAUUUCAGGUUUUAUUUUGUCCUUCGGCUCGUGCAGGACCCCCGGGCCCCCCCGGACCACCGGGUCUUCCAGGAAGAGACGGUAGAGAUGGUAGGGAUUGUCCCCCGUGCAACUGUGCGGGAGGUUCAUCAGCUACUCUUCCUCCUGCAGAACCUCCCUGCGCCGGAUCUCAGCCCUUUGCCCCACAAGGGCCCCCAACUGGAGGGUAAGUUCAUAAUGAUUCAAGCAAUUCCACUCUGAUGUAAAAGUGAUUUUGUUCAUGUCCGGCUUAUUUUUCCCCGUUUGAAGUAGUGUUCUAGCGGCUUUGAAAGGCGACGUCUCGGGUGUUGAUGCAACAAAUUGGGUGAAUUUGUCAACCUCGUCCCAAGCCGCCUGGGGCCCAUUUUAUAAGGGAAAAGCUCGGGAACGAGGUUGUGGCUCGACUCUGCGAGUCUUAUCGUGAUUGGGCGAAGAGAACAUUCUAAUUACCGUACAUUAGAUAUAAACCCAGGGAAAUAAAGUAUUUCCCCCAUUUUUCGGUGGGGAAAUUUUUGAGUUAAAAUGAAUGAGGGAAUUUCAAACAGGAAAAUCGACAAAGGUUUAUGAAAUGCAGCUUGAAUCUUUUCAUUUGCCCUCGAACGUUUCUCAGUUCUUGACCGACUCCCAUCUUCACUUCACAAAUGCGUGAUCGUUGUCUAAAAAUGUUCAAAUUCAAGCAAAACCGUAGAUUUUCAAAAAAGUCCUUCGACUUCGUCGCUCGCGGUCGGUCGCUUCGCGGCCAAAAAAGGCUCGCUCCGUUGGCCAAGAGGUCAACUUGUGGCAAGUCUAGCAAAACCGGUGUUUUUUCCAGUAUCUCUUGAGUGGUCCAUGAACUAUAGUUACAUUCUAUUCUUCUCCAUACUGGACAAACAGCAAACCUUAUAUAUAACUGUGUCUCAGCUGAGUUUACUUCCUGAUUAUGGAUAUUCUGCUGUCAUUGCAGAGAGAGCUCACACGUGCACUUAGUAGCAGCUACACGUGAUCUUGCAGACGAAACGGAACAAAGUGGAAGUGGAAAAGGAGGCGCAUAAAUUGUCUUAUAAAAAUUGUGACAGGCAUAAAUUAACUUAGGACCACCAGUCAAAAAGAUUCUUUCGAAUUAAGUUCUUAGUCUAAAUGUGAGAAGUACAGUGAACUUUUAAGUUUGCUGUUUGUCCAGUGAGAGAAAAGGAAAACUCGACCCUAUUUUAAUAAAUGCCAGGUCUGAUAAAAGGGGAUAGGGUUUCCUUCACGACAGAUAUGUCGAACGGCUGAGUCCUACACCUCCACUGGACAAACAAACAAACAAAAAUACUUAUGCUUUUAGAUUUUUUUAUAAUUUAGACAUUUAUAUUAUUUCGCUGCUUCGCAUCCUUCGAAAACAAUAUUUUAAGCAGUGAAAAUAAUUGUAGAGAGCUCUGAGGAGGACAUUACUGGGCAAACUCGAUCUAGAAACCUCUAGAAGUACAAUCGACUUCAGUAAAUACUUAACACUGUGAUCUUGUGAGCAUAGAAAUAUACGUUUUGUAGAGGAAGAAAAGUAGUGUUAGCCUAUCUUUCAAUUUCUCUCAUAGAGGUCGCUUCUUAUCCUCCUCGGUCGGGAGACCGGGGAACAGUAACAUGAGACCUCAGACCCCUACACGGGAAGGGGCAGGGGGGUGGCUGGGGGGAGGGGGAGGGCUACUUAUCAAGGUUUCUUACUGGGAGGUUCCGCCUCAAGGUCCAACCCCUCACCCAUUAACGUACCAUUUUGGCAGAAAAAAGUAUUCCUUUUAUAUACCUUCCAUUAGCCUGGGUAGCGGGCGCUUGGAAGUGGUUGGCACAAGAAAAAACGGGCGCGCGAGAAGGAGAAACCCUCACCCCUCGCGUGUCUCCCUCGCGCGCGCCCGUUUUCUCUUUCGCCCACUACUUCCAAGCGCCUGCUACGCAGCCUAACCUUCCAUUGAAAUUUAUGCCCCUUUCACAUACAGUUGAACCUCUCCACAACGGCCAACUUGGGGACAGAAGAAAGUGGCCGUUGUAGAGAGGUUUAAACAAGAGUAGAGAGGUAGUAGUUGUAGACAGGUUUAAACAAGAGUCAGUGUAUGAACUGUCCGCCAUAUUGAAAGUAGCCGUUGUGGAGAGGUAGCCGAUAGUAGCCUGCGUAGCCAAUGAAGCGUUUCCUUUCGGUUUCGGAGUAAAGACUCAAAGACCGCGCAUAAAAUGGCUCUCGUUCUAUUUCUCGCGCGACUAAAACCGAAAAUCCCGUUCCUCGGUCUUUCUUUGCUCCGAAACCAAACGGGAACGCUUGUUACGCAAGCUAGGCCGUUAGUGGAGGCUCGACUGUAUCUAUAACAAUCAGUCUUCCGGUCAUUUUAUGUGGCCUUUAACAAUAUUAAUUAAAUUGAUGCAACCAUAAGGUGCAUCGGUUCGAAAUAUUUUAGCUAAGGGCCCUUUUAAAUAACUAAAUUACAAAUUUCUUUACCCUGUCAUAUACGUCAGCUUAAGAAAUCCUAUACCAUUUUAUAAACCCAAAGCUUGAAAAAGGUUGUCCUUUCGGGCAGAGCCUCUCCGAGUAAGCAUCACAGGGAGUUACCCACCCUCCCCCCGCCCCCCGGUACCACGAUGAGUAUGAGCGAAUAUUGGUAGUGUUAAUGUGCAGUAUAAAAUAAAGGUUCAACAUAAAGUUUUGCGUCAUUUUUUAUUUAGAAGUAGGCUUAAACAUGAAAAAAAAUCAUUUCAGUGAUAAUCUUUUGGUUAAUAUAAUAUCUCUGCAACAAAAGUUUUUACUUUGAGAGGGAAUGAUGACGAUACAGUCUUUCAUUCGUUUACAGAUCUAGACAAAAAGAAGUGUUCGUGAGUAACUUUUCAGUUGAGCUAGAUCGUGUAUGUGUUCGCGCUCGCGAAAUCAGAUUGAAAAUUAGAUUGGUCCACACAUAAAUCUCUAGAAUAGCUCAAGAUAGAGAUGAGAGGUGAUGAUGUCACAAAAACCUAAAUUUGAGAAAUUAUGGGUUGGUUAGCAUAUCCUGAAAGAACAAGAUGAAAAAUUUCACUUCCUAUAUAGGCCUGGAUCAUAAAGGUUACAGAUCCAAGCCAAUUUUUGAAGGAUUUGUAUGGAGUCAUCAAGGCAAUAGGCUGAUUUUUGGCAAGGGAUCUUAUUUUUGCUCUUGUUCUUCCUGAAUAUGCCAACCAGUCCCAUAAUUUCAAAACUUUGAAGACCUCACACUUUCUUAAUACUCUAUUGAGACUGUGAUUAACGAGUGUGUAAGCCGUUUGCCGCGCGCAUUUGUAGUCUGAGUGAGUACACCACUGUAACAGUUUAAUUUUAUCAACGUUACAAUUUCAAACAGCUAUGUUAUCAGUCAUUUCAAUAAUUAUCAAAUCCCAAAUAUCGUGAUAUUUCUGUACCUCACACAGACCCCCUCAAGGACUUGGUUCUGUUCACAAUCCGGCAAAGUCCUGCGAUGAAAUUUUGUCCUCAGUUCCAGGUGCUGAGAGCGGUGUAUUCUGGCUCCAGGCUGCUCGCGGCCCACCCUUCCAGGUUAGUCAGUUUCCUGCUAUCAGUAACCUGAGAUAAGGCUCAAUUUACGUUUCGCUUUGUAAAUAACAUUCCGGCGGGCAAGACGAAACGAAACUUUUAGCGGUAGCCGUUAGAGAGAACGUAUAAGAACCGCUAAAAUUGGGCCUGAUCUCAAGAUAUGCUAGCAGAGGACUCUUUUCCUUUGUACCGUAAACUACCGCUUUUAAUUAUAUAAGCUCCCCCGAUCGUAAGCCCCCCCCCCCCCCCCCACCAAGUUAUAGGUUCCUAAUAUACCUGUAAACAAAAAAUAUAAAUACAUACACCUUAUUCGAUGGUUUAGCAUAUAAUACGCGCGGAUAUUUUGCGAGUUGCGUAGUAUUUUUCCGAGCCCAGCAGGGGCGAGGAAAAAUACGAGCAAUGAGCAAAAUGUCCGCUCGUAUUAUAUGCUAAACAAUCGAAUAAAAGGUUUACUAUUCCACUACAAAAAAAAAUGUUAUUUUGCAGUUGGCCUCUAUUUUUCGGUAAGAGUAUUCACUGAAAAUCCUGAUUCCGUCUGUGACAAUGACGUUAACAAUGAGCAAAAUGUUCGCGUGUAUUAUAUGCCAGACCUUUGAAUGAGAGAUCAAUUAUUUUACUGCAAAAGAAAAAUGUUAUUUCGGCUUCUAUUUUCUAGUAAGAGGUAUCCAAAAUAUCCUGAUUCUGUCGAUCAGCCAUAGUUGCUCCUUUUGCAUCCGCCGGCGUUCGCCCUGUUGUAAACCGGUUAAACCAGGACACUAAGGGGAAUUACGGCCUCGUAUUUUGCGCAAUCUCUUGACCUUAUAUGGUAAAAUGACAUAAUAGUGAAAUAAUAAAUUUGGUUACAGCCCCCUCGGAUAUAAGCCUCCUCCUUUUAUUAGCCACUCCUAAAACCCCUUAAGAAGAUGUUUAAGCCCAGAACUUACAACAUUAUAAGCGGCAGUUUCACAGUAUUCAGGAAAAGAAACCUCUGCUGGCAGGAAAGGAAAAAAAGUAAAGUUGCUUACCAUCGCGUUAGCUUCGACCUUAUCUCCAUCAGGCUUUUCCAAAUUUAAAGACUGUUUUCGAUGGCUGUUUUAGUUUGGAAAAAAAAUGGCUUAAGUGCCAGAGCUAACAACACGUAAGGAGCGAUGCAAUAGGCCAGGCACAUUUGCAUUUUGCAGGCAACUGAAAAAUAGAAUAGUCAGCUUGAUAGAAAGUAUUGCAGUUAAUUUUUUAUUUCAGGUCAUUUUAAAUUUUUUCUUUGUUUCAUAUUCAUCAGCAUACAUUACCAUACCCAAAAACAAUGUAAAUUUAAAAAUUAACUGAGAUAAAAAAUUAACCUCAACAUAGACAUCAAAAUGACGCUCCGGGAAAAGAUAUGGGAUACGAUGACAUGAUUAGAGUUUAUUUUUAAUCUGGAAGGAAAUUUUUGUUCCGUGAAGUACGGUCUCAUUUAGCGUUUCAUACUUGUCUCAUCUUUCCUUGCUCCAGUCAAAAUUUAUACAGCUAGAAUUUCCGUUAUAAUAAUUUGAUUACCCGUUGCAUUCCUGCAGACGCACUGUGAAAUGAUCUCAUGCCAUGGAGAAUCAGGAGGCUGGACCCUAGUCGCACGAGUUGAAGGCAUGUCAGGUGACUUCUCACCCACAAGCCCUCUCUGGGCCAAUGAGGAUGUAGUGAGUCCUUGGGAUGCCGCUGACCUCACUCGAACAACAUCUAUGAAAAAUCCCGGAUGGUUCUCAGUGUCGAAUCAGGCGGUGCGCGUGUGCUAUAGUGGUCCUCGAGGCAACUGUGCGACCUUUACGCACAAUCGUGGACUGACACUCACUCAGUUCUUUGGAAGUCAGUUUGCAGUGGAAGUACAAGAGCAGUAUACUUUUGAGUCCUUAAUGAAGAAGCUGGGGAAACAUCUGGACCUGGGGCAUUUGAAAACUGUAAGUAUGUUAUUUUUCAUUACAUCUUAUUGCGGGCGACCAGAGGAGUCCGCAAUACUAAUCUUCAGGUUGGUAUUACGCAUGCAUGGCAUGUAUAUAUGUAGCCAGCAUUCGUUUGGAUUUCCUAUCACCCGUAGUAAUCGUCAUCUCAUUACGCGUGUUUUGACUUUGUAUCACAUGAAACUUACGCAAAGCAUAGCGUCGAGGCACCAACGAUCGAUCUCGUCCGCCUUUCUUCCACCUUUAAUUUUAAAGCUUGUCUGCUUCUGAAACAAUAUGUCUUUAAUCUCACAGGAAUGGUGUGGCCUCAAUCUUGGAAAUCUCUGCAACUUAGUCGCAGACCCCAACAGGGAGCCUGGAACCCACAUUUGUCGCAUAGGGUGUAUUGGCGAUACCAGUCUCCCUCGGUCACCCAACGGAUGUAACCCGGAUGACUAUGCCUUAGGUAUUGGCGUGUCAAGCUGCAACUCUCCAGGAGGAUGUCACGGUCACGUGUCCAAAACAAGUAGCCUACACUAUAGCAUGUACUCACGCUAUGGUGAUUACCAGCAGACAGCUUUCAUCUACGUCAAGUAAAAUCCGUUUUUUACCGCUUACAUGAGCAGAGACUCGAUGCCGUUUGCUUUUUUAUAAAGCAUCUUAGUUAUGACCCAUAAGCCG